AUGAAACCUGCAAAGUCAUGCUUCCACGUCUUACUCCUCGCGGCAGUUGCGAAAGCACAGUCGCUGCUGGAGGCAAUAUCUACCUUUCCACAGCUGUCCAACUUUACAGCUUUGAUGACCGACAACCCUCAAUUAGCAGGAGCCCUCCUUACAUCGAACAGCUCCUCACUGACGGGACAGUCAACGAUUUUGGUUCCAGACAAUUCAGCCUUCACCAAAGUCUCAGCACUUUACAAUGUGUCUAUGGGAAACUUGAGCAUUCAGCAAUUGGAGCCAUAUCUUCAGUACCAUUUGUUAGCUGGAUUAGUUACAGCGGACAACUUCACCGCGUCAGAAGGAGUUACAGUACCGACCUAUUUGACAGGACCGACUUUCAACAAUCGAUCUGCCGGAGCCGCACUUGGCUCAUCUGGGGCGGAUGGUGAUGUACGAAAUGGCCAGGUUGUGUUCUUUCAAGCAAAACAAACCACUAGCGGGUCGAGAAAGUUCGUGCUCCGCCAGUUGCAAAAUCCGACUGUGAAUGCUCAAGGUGGUCUCGGCCAUCAAAUCACUCGAUUAGAAGGUGGCGAAUGA